AUUUUCUUAUUCGAGCGAGAACAAAUCCGUGAGCGCGGUUCGUGAGUGUAUUGUGCGGUGUCAAUGUGUCCUGUACGAAAAAUAAGGGUAGUGCUCAACAGUGACAUAUGUGGCUGAUUUUUAAUUGAAGCAACGCAACGCUCUCCUUCGUGAUGUUCUAAUUUUUAUUCUCUUGACACUAUUUGCAGCUACUUGCAACCAUGGCAUCUAGUGCACUCGAAGAAAAGAUCAAUAAAAUUCGGCAACAAAAUGAAGAAAUUAGGAGGAGAUACGAGGAAGUUGAAGAAGAUAAAAAAAAUGCAGCCAAACUGAAUGCUUUGGUACAAAUGGUACCAUCAACAGAUUGGCCAGAGAGGAAAGAACCACCAGAGUUUUCAAAUCCUCCUAAAACUAAACCGAAAUCAACCAAAGAAAAACAUGAAUAUACAUUGCAAUCUCAUGGUGGGGAAGGGAAAAAAAUUCACUCUUUUGCUCAGGGAGAAGGACCACCACCGGAUCCUAAAUACAAUUUUUUAGCAGAUUCUGAAAGGGAAGAACCUACUAUAGAAUACACAAAAGAAAAUAAUGGGAAUAGGUCUCAUCAUAAACCAACAAGAGGGAGUUUCAGAAAAAAAAUUGGUGGAAGAGAGGGUAAUCAGAAAGAUAUUAAACCAAACAAAGGAAAUUACAGAGAUGAAUCUCAACCAGGAUAUGAUGCCUGGAGAGCAGAAAGGAAUCGUAUCGACGAGGAUCGUAUUAGUAGACAAAGAACUGCAGAGGGAAAUUGGCGUCGAGAAUGGGAUAAUGAUAAAGUUCAUAUCAUAGAUGAUGGAAUAAAGAAAUCAUCAAGGCCUACAUUAGGAGACUUUACGAAAAAAGAUCAUAAAGAUUCCGACCGGAAAUAUCAUGCUAAUAAUAAUGAAUAUGUCAAUUACACUCGCGGUGGUGCUCAUCGUGCUCAUCGUGGUUCAACAAAGAAUUUUUAUAGUAACUAUGAAAAUCGGUCUCAUAAUACCUAUGAUCAACAUAGGAAUAAUACAGCAGCAUCAGCAAAAACUUCUGUUUCUCCAACUUCUGAAGAAAGAACUGUUAUUGCAACUGAUAAGAGUAUCAAGGUUACAGUAAAUCAAAGCAAUUUGAUAAAAGGACCAGUGAUGAGCGUAAAAGUGAAUUCACCAAGCAUAGCUGGAACGGGAAGAGUCGGGCCACGACAAAGAACUCGUGUAACGUACAGUCAUUCAGAUGUUGACAUACCUCCGUCCGAAGGUGAACCUUUCUUUCGCCAAAAGUCAUUUGAAGAUAAGUCGAAAGGAACUUAUUUUAAUAAUCAAAAGUUCUCUAAUUUGAAGAGGUCUCAUUCGCAAAAAAAGAAAGAGAACGAGACAAAAUAUCAGUACCAUCAAAGGAAAGAUAUAAAGAAGGAAGAUAGCGAUGGAAAUUCAUACAAGCAUUAUGAUAAUGAAUUUAAAUCUUAUACACAGAAGGAUCAACAAAGAUCUUAUUCUAGUAAAUCACCAAAGCUUUCGAGAGGAAAUAUGAAGAUAACAAAACAUGAUUCUUCAAGUGUAAAUGCUUCACAAAAACGCGAUGCUGAAGAGUGUUCAACUUCUGAUCAAGUAAAACUUGAACAGAAUUUUGAACCGAAUAUUGAACAUAAUAGAGAACAAAAUCCAGAACAGAAUACUGAACAUGAUAUAACAGAGGAUAGUAACACAUUACAGGAAACUAAAUCUGAAGCAAAUAAAAAUUCCAAUAUGGAAAAUGUGCAAUCGAAUAUUGAGAAUGAGAUUACGAAAAAAGUGUCGUCAACGAAAGAUGGAGAAACUGAAAAAAUUAUUUUUACUUCAAUAUCAGAUACAGAUAAUCACAUCGCUGAAGAUACUAUGAAUAAAAAUAAUGUUGAAGAUAAAGAAGCGUGCUCAGAUUCUCUUGCAAAUAAUGUAACAGAAGAUUUGCAAAAAAAUAAUAAUACGUCUUCCGAGGUAUCGGUUCCAGAUAAUGUUCAGUCUAAUGAGGAACUUAUGCCAAACGCAAAUAAUGAGGUAUUAAACAAUGUUGUUGCGAAAAAUACUACACUUUUACAUGAAGAUGAUCAGCAAUCAUCGAAACAAAUUACAAAGCAGUUUGUAAACGACGACUGUGAUAAUAUUGAAAGCGAAGUUACGGUGCAACGAAGUAUAGAGGAAGUAACAGAUAAUUCUGUUCCUUUGUUCGAAAAUAAAACAUGUUCUGUGAUAGAAAGUAAUAAUCAGUCGGUAUGCAAUAAUGAGUUAGUACAGGAAGAACAGUUAGUGCAGAAAGAAACAUUGAAUAUAGAAAAACAAACGGAUCUUGUUUUAGAAAACAAGAUUGAAUCACUUAAUCAAAAUUUAGAGGAUGCUCUAAAUUUUUGCGAAAUAAAAUCUGAGAACUCUCUUAGUCCUGCAAAUGCGGAAGAAGAUUUAAUAGAAGAUACUAAAGAGAAAACUGAGAAAAUGAAGGACGAGAAAGAGGAAAAAGUGAAUGAAGAAAAUGAAAAAACAUAUUGCAAUAAAAACAGUACCAGUUCUUAAUAACACGUGUACAAUAACGUAGUUAUACUGGUACUUCUCGAUGUUAGAAACAUUUCUAAUGCUCAUUACGACUAAAAAUAUUAUGUUAACAUAUGAUUAGGAACAAAUUUUAUGAAAAUGCUAACUACUGAAAAUUUCUUUUAGUCAUUAGAAAUUAGAUUAUUAAUUUUCAGUUUAUGAUUUUAAAGUAUUUUACAGUAAUAAAAGUAAGUGCAUUUUAACUGGUCGGUUCAUCAGCGUUAAAAAAUUUUAAACAUUUAUUUUUAAAUUUUUUAAUCUUUUUGGCAAAGUAUCCGAAAGACAUUUUUUAAAAUAACGCAUUUUCGAAUCAUUAUAACUAAGCGAUAAUACUUGCGCACAAUCGUUAAUGUUAUUUAAUUAAUCCUUUGCGGAUUUACAUUUGAAUAUUUUUUGCGGUAAUAAUACUUCUUUUAACGAUCCUCUUGUAAUUGUCACAAGACCUGCCGGAUGGAUUAUUAAUUGGUGAGUUCAUUAGUAGGCUCCAGAUAAAAAAACACUCUCCUUUGCCUUUUCCUUUAUUUCUCUUUUUUUUUCAUAAUAUUACAGCAUCACAAGUUACAAAAAUAAUGUUAUUUUUGUUAAAGAUCCAAUUUUAAUCUUUGUUUUUUUUAUUUUUUUAGAAAAGUAAAAAACCGCAAAGGAUUAGCGCACUAAAAGUUAAUCACUACAGUUCUUUUACAAUACAUAGAAAUUGUCAAAGCCGUGACUCGUAUUUCUUCAUAUUUUAUAUCAAAUUUUACGACAAUAGAAUACUGACAUCGGUUCAGAUAUUCCGCUCGAAUGAUAUUUUUAUAAUUGGCUAUAGCAAUUAAUUAUAUAUUGGAGAUUGAUAUAUAUGUAUACAGAGGAAAAGUCGUAUACUUCAAUAUUUCGAGAGCUGUUGAUUUAGAAAGGAAGAAAAAAAAAAAAGAAAAAGCAAUCGUUUAUAACAUUCUAAAUAUUAUAACAUUAAAAGAUAGGCUAUAUUUAUUUAUCUUUAGUCAAGAGCAAUGUUAUGUUACUUUAUAGUUUAUAUAAUUUAUUUGCAUCUUUUUACUAAAAGAUUAUUUAUUGCACGUUUCCUUUUUUUUUAUUAUUAUAUAAUAUUUUGUUACAUGCUUGCUUUAUGUUUUAUUUUUCAUUUAUGAGAUGAAAUAUUAACAAAUUGGCUGAAAGAUGCACCGCUAAAUGUUAAAUAAGAAGAAAGAAAAACAAUAGAAUUGGAUUUCUAGUAGUUCAAAGAGGGAAAUAAUUCAUAAAACUCACGAUUGUUUAUUUUUUAUAUCGUUGAUUAAACGAGAAAUGUGGUUAUAUGUUUAUUUGUAAUUUUUCAUUCGAUAAAAAGUUAAUGAAGUCUAAGAUUUAUGAAGUAUAUGUGAUAAACUGUAAUGACCAAAAUUAUAAACGUUGAUAGAAUGAUUUUAGUUACUUUUUAUUAAUUGUAUUCGUUUUCUUUUUUUGUUAUUUUAAUUAUUUCCACCGAUUAAAAAUAAGUGCCAUUGUAAUCCUUCAUUUUACGAGUUCGUGUCUUUUUUUAAUUUUGUUUAGGUGCCAUUAGUUUUCAAAUUGUUCCUCAAACCCCUCUGUGCUAUGAUCCUCCAUCAUUGGCUUGUUUCAAAUUUGGUGGUGCGUAAUCCAAAGCUUUCAUCAGGUUCGUUAUUCUCAGCCACAGUUUUCUAUCUUUAAGAUUAUUCUGAUACUUAAAAAAAAAAAAAGAAAAAAACAAUAAAAAUUGUUAGUAAAA